AUGGAGGCGGAUGUGCCCGAAGCAAGCAAACCCUUUUCAGUAGAAGGCACUUACCUGACCCUGGACCUAGGCCUGUAUGACACGGACAGCGAUGAAGACCCGGACCCCGGGCUGCUCGAAGAAAACGAGCUGUCGUUCUCGAAGCUGGUCCCGCACAUCUUCAUGCGGAGCUCCUGGAGGAGAAGCACGACCCCCAGGACCCGCGCCCACCAGCUGUGGCUGCUGCUGCGCAGAAGCCUCCACAGCUUCCUGGAAAAGGAAAAGAAAGCCCAGCUGCGCGUGGCGCGCCUGACGCACGGACUGGAGCCCCUGCGCCGCCUGGAGGUGGUGGCCGGGCUGCGCUCGGUGGCGCAGGACCCGGUGGGGAGACGCUUUGUGGUGUUGGACGGGGCGGGCUGCCUGCACCUGCACCGAGAGGACGGCUGGGCGCUCGGGACGCUGCCGGCCCCCGUGGCACUCACGGGGCUGGUGGCUGUGCUGGGCCCGCUGGGCUCCAUGAGCCGCUUCGUGGGCUGGGGCCCCGCAGGGCUGGCCAUCCUGAAGCCAGACCUCAGCCUGCUGUGGCUGAGUGAGCCCAGAGUGGGCAGGCCGCCCCGCCGCCAGCCCAUAUGCUGCCUGCCGGUGCCGGAGCUGGGCCUGCUGCUGGUGGCGGAGGCGGGCGGUGGUCUGGCGCUCUGGAAGUUCCGUUUGGGGGGUCGCUGCCUAUUGCCUUGCGGGCCCUCGCUGCAGCCUCAGUUAAGCUCCACGGGUGCACUCACGCGUCUGGCUCUGGGGCCCCUGUCUCCCAACUACGUCCCUCGCUGCUUCGCCGCCUAUGGCUCGGCUGUGCUCACCUUCAACCUGCACACCUGGACUGUCAUAGAUGUGCGCCAGGAUCUCCACAAAACCACCAUCUCGGACCUGGCGUACUGCGGGGCGAUGGAGGCCAUGGUGACUGCGUCCCGAGACAGCACGGUGAAGGUGUGGGGGGCUGACUGGCAGAUCCGGAUGGUGUUCGUGGGCCACACAGGCCCGGUGACAGCGAUGGCCGUGCUCCCCAACACGUCCCUGGUGCUGUCCGCCUCUCAGGACGGGACGCUUCGCACGUGGGACCUGCAGGCGGUGGCUCAGGUGGGCGAAGUGUUGCUGAGCUGCUGGGGCCAGGGCACGCGGUCAGAGAGCGUGCACUGCCUGCUGGCGCCCGCCAGGCCCGGCUGGCCGGUGUUCUCCCUGCGCGCGGGCAGCGUGGAGCUGUGGUGCCUGCGCGAGCUGUACUCACCACUGGCGCAGCUGUCCGCGCCCGUCCUGCACCUGCAGGUGGCGCCCGAGCUGCCCCUGUCGGCGUACCUGCCCCCUCGCCUCGUGUGCGCCUGCUCCGAUGGCUCCGUCUACCUGGUGAGCCCCGAGACCGGGCGCACGGUGAGCGCGCUGCUGCUCGGGCCCGAGGACUGCGCCGCCGCCGUGGCCUACUGCCUGCCGCGCGAGGUGCUGUGGCUGCUGACGCGCGCGGGGCACCUGGUGCGGGCCAACGCGGCGCGCAGCCCCAUGCGCGUGGUGCUCCGCCGGAGCCCGGGGCCGCCCCCGGCGCCCCGGCCCUGCUGCCUGCACCUCUACAGCCACCUCACGGACCCGAGCAGCGCGUUCAACAGCUGGGAGAUGGUGCGCCAGCACAAAGGUGAGCUGGGCCGCAGCAACAUCCAAACCUGGAAGGACAAGAACAGGUACCUGCCCGUGGUGGGGCACACGGAUGGCUCCCUGUCGGUGCUCCACUGGCACACAUCGGAGCCCACCUUCCAUACAGAGGCGCACAGCCCGGGCCCGGUCACCGCCAUUGCAUCCACCUGGAACAGCAUCGUGUCCUCAGGCGGGGACCUGACGGUGAAGGUGUGGCGCGUGUUCCCCUACUCGGAGGAGAGCCUGAGCCUGCUGCGCACCUUCUCCUGCUGCCACCCCGCCCUGGCGCUGUGCGCGCUCGGGAGGAACAUCAUGGUGGCCUUCGAGGACCCCGACAGCGCCACCUACGGGCUGGUGCAGUUUGGCCUGCACCACAGCCAGCGCUACGACCACCGGCCCCAGGACGACCACUUGGACCACAUCACUGGCCUGUGCUGCUGCCCCACACUCAAGCUGUACGCCUCCUCCAGCCUGGACUGCACCAUCCGGAUCUGGACCUCAGAGAACCGCCUGCUGCGACUCCUGCAGCUGAACGGAGCGCCUCAGGCUCUGACCUUCUCCAGCAACAAUGGGGACCUGGUGCUGGCCCUGGGCCCCCGCCUCUGCCUGGUCUCCCACAGGCUCUACCUGCCCACGACCUACCUGGUGAAGAAGCUGUGCCAGAAGGCCCCCGACGGGCUCGACGACCCCCCGCUGCCGCUGACCAGCCAGGAGUCGCUGACGUCAGUCCAGCUGCAGAGGCUGGCCAGCCUGCACGGGGUGGCCAGCCUCCGGUCAACCAGCAGGCCUGCCGAGCCAGCCUGGAGACUCCCACCCAGCUGCCCCGGCUCAAGCUCGGCCUUGUCUUUCAUCCACCGCUGGACGGCAGUACCUCAGCCGCCGCUCUUAAAGGAGGACCUGGAACCCUUAUGUGCCCGGAACCAAGACCUUCAAGAGCUGAGACGGGGUGAGGUGGUGCCAGCAGCCCGGGCCCCGCUCUCCUGGCAGCAGCAACUGGAGGCCUUUGACGACUACUUGUAUCUGAUCUACGGCCCGUCCCUGCUGGGCAUGCAUCCCAGGACAGAGUCCCAGCAGUGGAUCAGCAUGGCAGUCACCGGGGAGAAGAGCGGGGAUGUGUCCACCCUGCCGAGUUCCACCCCCAGUCUGGUGAAGGCUGGGGUCUGCACUGACUCCCCUAAAACGCUGCCCCCACGGGACUGGGGGGCCCUGAGCCUGCGCUUCGCCCACCCUCCCCGAGUCAUCGUGCCCAUUCCACCCACCCACCAGCGGGUACACAGCCGGGCAUCCCAGCUGCUGGCCCGCUCCUCCCUGAGCUCCUGCCUGGGCCUCAGCGUGGACCUGCAGCUGCAGUCGGAGCAGCUCCUACAGGGGAGGCCUGCGGCCCCAGAUGCACCGUCUUCCCACCUGAAGCACAGGGUCCCGCUGCUGCUGGAACGGCGGCCCAAGGAGCUGCUCUCUAACCUCGGGGGCUUCUUUCCUCCUGCUAUUCAGCACCUCAAGAACCUGCCGAGGCCCGUCCACUUCCCAGGCUGGAUCCCCAACUCCUCGGUGCUGCAGCAGCUGUGGUUGCCCCAGGAGGUCAGCGGCCUGGGGGCCCUCCCUCAGCUCGCCGACCGAAGCCAGUCCAAGCCAGCGGGCAGCCAGGAGGACCUGUGGCUGCUGCGGGGCAAACGGCCCCACACCAGGAGCCAGAUCCAGUGGUCGGGCGAGGAGGGGGACGAGGACCAGGGGCUGGACCUGGAGCUGGACUGGACCUUGGACUACCAGAGCCCCUCCCCGGAGCUCUCCCAGGAGCUGCUGGCGUCCGAGAAGCUGCCGGGGACGCGGGCGAGCAUCCCCAGCCGGGCUGCGGCGAUCGGACCGGAGAGAGAGGCGCAGCCCGCCGUGGUCACCACCCCCCUCCACGCCACCACCCGGAGGUUCGAGUCCCUGGUCAAGAGACGCUCCCAGGAGGGCAUCUCCAGGACCGAGACCUUUUUGCGCCGCCACCGGUACCGCCGCGGGCACUCCCUCUGGGAGCUGCGCUACGGGCACCUGCCCAGGUUCCUGCGUUUCUUCGUCAUCCAGAACUGGUUCAAGAAGCUGUUCCCCAUCUUCACCCUGGAGGCGUACCCCGAGGUGGGCACGGUGGACGGCCUGGCCUGGUGGUUCAUGGACCUGCUGAGGGAGGUCUCCUGGGAGGACCGCGCGCACAUCCUGCGGGCGCUGCUGAGGCUGCUGCCCGAGAUGAGCAAAAGCCUCUACAAGAGGCUGCAGGAGAUCCUUCUGUACCUGCUCAACCUGGAACAGCCCCCCAACCUCCAGGAAAGGGCCCAGAAGCAGUUCGUGAUGCUGGCCCUGCAGCUGCAGCUGGCCUGCUCCCUGGAGUCCCGCGAGGUGGUGCUGGAGCUCAUGUCCUACCUGCUCUACUCGCCUGCCUCCUGCCGGCCCGAGCUCAAGAAGCUGCUGGACGGGCUGGGCCUCCAGGACCCGGAGGGCUUCCUGUUCAGGGAGAUGUUGACCUGGGUGCAGGACCUGGACCUGCACUGCAAGGCCGUGCUGCGCAGCUGCUGCUCCCAGAAGCUGGAGGAGAUGAUCCACCUCCUGAAGAUAGAAGCCUUGCAGCCAUCGGUUGCCAAGUUGUCGGACGUGCUGCCCAAGGUCUCGGAGACGGCGCUGUCGCAGACCCUCUCCGUGCCGCCCUCGGCCCGCUCGUCCACACUCUCCGCCGGCUCCUGGGCACCCUCGCAGCUGGUCCUGCCCAAGGAGCUGGGCCCCGUGGCCCUGGACCCCCAGACCCAGCAGCUGGUCUCCAUCAGCCGCACCCACCGCACGCUCUCCGAGAGCCUGAUACCCUUCUCCUCCGUGCCCGACGUCCACGUGCGCUCCUCGGCGCCCGACGCGCUGCCGGAACGCCCGCUGCCGCUGGAGCAGACGGACUGGUCGCGGUCGAAGAUGCUGGACCUGGGGCCGAUCGACGCCCUCAACUUGUUCUGCGAGCAGAAGCGGAGGAGCUGCCUGCUGGAGGAGGCAGGGGACCAGGGGACGCCCAGACUGCCGCCCAACGCCGUGGUGCCGCAGCCCCGCGAUCACGUGCUUGACCCCAUUCUCAGGCUCCAGGAGACCAAGCCCCAGCAAUCUGCCAUGAGACUGAGGGGCUGGAUGCUGGCCCGGCACCCGGAGGGCCUCACCCUCCACGGCUCCAUCCGGACGCUGAAGCUGCCGCUGCCUCGGGUGGACCUGCGGCCUUUCCCCUUGGACUGGCCCAGGCCCGCCCGCCCGCUGCCGCCCCUGCUCCUGCGGCCCGCCCUGCGGCGCUACUUCCUGCCAGACCUUGCAGACCCGGACUUCUUCGGCUGACCUGCUGGCGACCUUGGCUGGACCCCGUUCCCAGCCCCCGCCCCUGCCCUCCAGCACAGGGACAGGACACAGCUCUCCGCCCGGCUGUCCGCCCCUGGCCAAGACCGGGGACUGGAAUAAAGUCCAGCCGGCAAACUG